CAUACUUGUAAGAACUUUUAAAUUUUGUUUUCUUAAAAGAUAAAUUUUUAUAUAAUAUUAUUGUGAUAAAUUAUGGAGACUCCAAAAGGCUAUAGGGGCCCUCCACCAAGAAAAGAUUUGGUUGUUUCUCCUAGUAGAGAAAGAGAUUGGAAAGGAAAUGAUUUGUUUGGUACUGCAGAUACAGACAUGUCUGACGAGAGGCAUCGAGUUACCACACCUUACAGUGAAUCAGGCGCUGCUCCCGGUUUAAGUGGAGAUUACGUUGAUCCACAUUUAAAAAGUCAUCGUGAUUAUGAGUCAGAGUAUGCAAAGCUUGCAAUGCAAGGUGGACACAGAGAUCUUUUGCAUAUGGACAAUCAUAAUGAUGACUUAGAUAAUGGAAUAAAACACAGAGGUUGUGAAGAAAAUCUUUCUGAAUACAACAGACUAGCCAGACAAGGAGGGCACAAAGGUAUUCUUAGUAUGAAUGAUUCAGAUGAGAAACAGGAGUCUUCAAGAAAACAAAAAGGUUGUGAAAAUGUAUCAGAAUACAACAGAAUAGCUCUGCAAGGUGGACAUAAAGAUUUACUUGUUAUUGAAGAGAAUAAACGUCCAUCAAGUAAAGUAACUUACGCGCGCAAUGGUGGAGAUUGGUUUGCACAUAAUAACAACGAUUCACCACCGCAGAAGGUUUCUCAGAAACCUCCACCCAUACAAACAGGAUACAAUAGUAGUGAUGAAGAGGAGGAGAAAAACAAGAAGGAUCAUGAAGAAAAGAACGCACCUACUAAACCUGCGCCAAAACCAGCUAUUCAAUUUGGAGCUCUUCCUGGAGGAGAAGAACAACAACCUAGAACUGGUAAAAAACGUUUCGAACAACAACGUAGAGAUGCACCGUUUGCUACGAACUGGUAACGAAAUUGCUAGUGUUUAAUAUAUUAUCUCGUAUAAAUAUAUUUUGUAUAUGUUCUUGCCACAUCUUCAUUUUUUUUUUGGUGUGCACUUUCAGAUUGUGUUUUUCUUUGUAUAUAUUAUCUUUCAAUUUACUUUCAAAGUUUUAGCUCUGAUGCUUCUUGGAAUAUCUUGUUAUAAUAUUAUUUAUGGAAUGAAGUAAGGAUUAUAUGCGAAAAAUUUUGCGAAGUCGUGAAAUUCAAAAGUCCUAAAUUUUUUUUUCCUCUUACGAAAAAGAAUUUCCAAAACAAUCUUCACUGAAAGUGUUCAAGAUUACAAAUACAUUUAAAAAUGUUGAAAUUCUAAUUUCGUGCCCUGCUCUGUGCAUAGUAUAAAUCAAUUACCUAUUCGCAGAAAACUUUAGAUCAAUGAAAAUUUUGUCCUUCUGCAAAAGUUGAAUAGGAAUUCCCACGAUGUAUUUUCCAUCGCGUAUGCCACCUCAAUUAAACUAUGGCGCAGGCUAGAUUUCCACUCAAACCAAAACAAAACCGGGGUAAGAAUUUUGAUUGGUUAUUCUACGAAUUACGAGAAUAAUACUUCAAUUUUGAUUGGGUAUUCUACAAAUUACAUAAACAAUACUUAAUUUUAGUUGGUUAUGCUACAAAUUAUUCUUUGUGUUUAUUUAAAUUUCAAUCCGUGUCCGCAUAAAUAGUUUAAAUAAUUUCAAAUGUAGGUUCAGGAGCUAGAAAUCAUGUUAUCCGAACCGUUUCGGUUUUGUGUGGUCUUAACGUAUAUGACAUUUACUACUUCUAUUUCUAGUUUUAAUAAACUAUAUCUUCUGUCUAUUCAUGCUUAUUUAUUUCCAUAUUUGUAUUCAUAGCAUAAUAUUUAUGUUUUAAAAUGUGAAUAUAAUAUGUAUAAAGAAA